AUGACAGAAAGCGACGCAGGCAGGGAAGAAGAGGGGGGGGGAAAAAACGAGGCCCAUUCCUCGGAUGGCGAAUCCAGCGACGCAAGUUUUGGCCCCUCCCCGCUGCAGGCCUCCAGCGGGGCGGCGCAGGGAGGGGAGGCAACCGAUGAUGAAGCAGAGGAAACCGCUGAAGGAGAAGACGCAACCGCUGAAGAAGGAGGCAUAACCGCUGAAGGAGGAGGCGUAACCCCUGAAGAAGACGUAACUCCGGGUGCCUCCGCUGACACGGCGGCGGACCCCCGCCCCCGCGCGGCAGGCAAACACCAAGGCGAGCCGCCACCCAAGGGCAUGAAGAAAAAACGAAUAAACAACGACAUAUACUUGAAGAACCUGCCAACGAACAAAAACUAUCAAGUCAGCUACAUGCACACAGACGUGGUGACACACGUCCUUGUCAGCAAUAAGAAAAAGUACAUAGUGACGGGAAGCGCAAAUGGAGUAGUAAAAUUCUGGUACAAAAAUGUGGGAUCCAUCGAAUUUGUGAAACAUUUUAAAAUCCAUUUGAGUGAAAUUAUUUGUUUAUUCCUUUCGGAAGACGAAGAAGUGAUGGGAAGUUUAUCCAAAGACAAGACGUACAAACAGUUUGAUGUGAGUAGCUUUGACAUGAACAUCAUCAUAAAAUUGGACUUCUCCCCUCAGACGGGCGAAUUUGUCUACUCGUCUCUCUUCUCCCCAUCGGUGAAGGUAGCCAUUUCGGAUAGUGAGAAACCCUGCAUAUAUAUUUACAAACCUCUAGAGAGUGACGUCUGCACACAUGUAAUCAACCUCAGCUCCAAUGUCAUAGAAAUUAUUAAGUAUAAUAAGGAGUAUGACCUAUGUGUGCUCAGCGAUAAUACGGGCCUAAUCGACAUAGUGGACGUGGAAAGUUUUCACUUCCCCAAGGGAGGUAUCCACAAGGGUAGUGACCAUACGGGUGGUGACCCCCAUAAGCCAAAGGGAAGACCCACCCGGGAUAGCCAAAGUGAAGAUGAUGACACCCUCACGUAUAGGAAAAGGCCCCAUAUGGGGAAGAAGGAACUCACCUUUUCCUUCAAAAGUGAAACAGACCUAUACCAAUUAUGCAAAUAUAAGACGUACGCACUAUGUGUGAGCAUCAGCCCCGAUGGAGAGUUCAUGGCGAUCCUAUCAGAAAGUUACUUUCUCCAUAUUUACAAAUUUGGGACGAUGAAGUUAUACAGAGUGUAUGACGAAAGUACGGAGAUGUAUCUAACCGCCCAGAAUGACCCCCUAAAAAAGGAGCUACAUAUUGAUAGUCUAGACUUUGGGAAGAGACUCUUCAUCGAAAAGGAAAUAAAAAAACACAUAAAGAGUAAAAAUAUAAAAUUGAAUAUGAUCACAUUUGAUGAGUCCAAUCAGUAUGUCAUUUAUUCCACCUUCAUCGGAAUUAAGGUCGUCAAUUUUGUUACCAAUCAAUUGUGCUACAUUAUUGGGAAGAAUGAAAUGAAUCUGAGGUACCUCUCCCUUGGCCUUUAUCAAAAAAUUAUCUCAGCGAAUAAAACGAGAGGAAACAUUCACGAGUCACUCUACAUCAAUGAUGACAAUAUCUCCGACUGUGCUCUGUUCUGUACUGUGUACAAGAAGGCGCGCUUUUACGUCUUCACGAGGAAGGCCAUCUCCGAACAGGAGCUCGACGAUAGAGAUGUUUAUAAUGAACAACCCAGCAGAAGUGAUCUUGACUCUUUCCUUUCGUCACCUAUAAAGAAGGUAGAGGAAAACAACAAAACGUUUAAGAGUGCAGUCAUCUAUACGACCCUUGGAGAAAUCCACGUUGCUCUUUUUCACAAAGAAUGCAAAAAGACCGUUGAAAAUUUUUCUAUUCACUCGAAAAAUGGCUACUACAAUAACUGCAUUUUCCAUCGCGUUAUUAAAAAUUUUAUGAUACAAACUGGAGACCCCUUGGGAGAUGGCACUGGUGGGGAAAGCAUUUGGGGCAAAGAAUUUGAGGACGAAUUUUUUGACCAUCUGAAUCACUCCAAACCGUUUAUGGUGUCUAUGGCAAACUGUGGACCCAAUACCAAUGGGUCGCAGUUUUUUAUUACCACUGUCCCGUGCCCUUGGCUCGAUUUCAAACACACCGUCUUUGGAAAAGUCACCCAGGGGACCAAGGUCGUCUUAGACAUAGAGAAAGUGCGCACGGACAAAAGGGACAAGCCCCUCGAGGACAUCAAAAUUUUGAACAUCAAAGUGGGCCCUUAG